CUCCCUACGUCACACCCGCAGCUGUCAUGGCGGACUACAGAGAGGCGCCCUUGGCCACCCGGCCACAAACACUGGACCCCAAUGAAUAUUUCAACCUUUCGCCGGAGUACAGGCGCGCGGAAGAAGCCAGAGCUGGGAUACGUGCCAAUCUGAAGAGGCAGUAUCAAACGCAGCUGAACAACCCGCACAGAAACGAGCUGAUUGAAGACCCUGCCCUGACACGAUGGGUGUACGCACGAACCAACCCCUACCCGCACUUCAGAGCCACCACCAAGACGUCUCUGUUGGGUGCAUUGUUUGGAGUUGCACCUCUCUUCAUCCUUUACUGUGUCUUCAAGACUGACAGGGAUAGGAAGGAGGAGCAAAUCAAGAAUGGAACCCUAGAGCGCAAGUUCACUUUGUCAUCAUGAGCUUCCAUGUAGAAAGACCCUCUUAUAAUCUUAUAGAGAUGAUGUCGUCAUGUGUAAUUAUUAUUAACCCAAUAAAACUAUAUUGUCAAACAAA